AUGUGGCAAUUUUUCGAUUUGGAGGAACAAUAUCGCCGCUUCCCCACCAUAAAACGUGACGAAGUACAAAAACUUCUAGAAUGGCUGAAUGGCCAACCGCAUCUACCUCAGCUAACCGAACAAGAGGUACUGCUCUUCUAUCAGGCAUGUAAUCAUCAAAUGGAAUAUACCAAACAGGUGAUCGAUGAUUCGUUUACAUUUCGCACCCAUAAUGAAGAUUUCUUUGGUAAUGUCGAUACGGAUUCGCCGCAAAUGUUGCAGGCCAUGGAAACGGUUGCCGGAUUCCCAUUGGAAAAACGUUCGCCCGAGGGUUGUGUUGUAAUUUUGGGUAAAUUAAUCGAUACCGACUCGUCGAAAUUUGAUUUUGUUGGAGCCAUGAAACUCUAUUGCCUCGGCCAGGAUAUGUGGCUAUUGGAGAAUGGUCUUACCACGGGACUUACAUUUGUCUUUGAUUUAACCGGUUAUUGUUUUGGUCAUUUGGCUCGUAUCGGAAGCAAUACCGAUCCGCCUGGCCAGUAUACAUAUUGUCAAUGCCGGUACCCUGAUCGAAACAUUAAUGGCAAUGUUAAAUCCAUUAUUGAAACCGGAAAUCAAAGAAGCUUUCCAUGUCCAUACAUCACUGGAUAG